AUGUCGCUCAACGAGACCCCAACCGCUGUCCAACAGCACGUUUAUCACCAGGAUGGAUCCAGCGGUACCGUCGGCGACACAAAAGCUGAAUUCAUCCUUGGUGACAGCGAGGUCGAGAGACAAGAAGCCUCUGGAAGAGUCCCGGAGCAACCCCCGCGCCGCUACUGGCUGCGUGGCCUCGUCCUCAUCUUCGUUCCGUCCAUCGUCACGGCCUACUACGGAGUCAUCUGGGUCCACCUCUUGCAUAAGAAUCCCAUGGACGAGGCCGUGAAAUACCGCACCUAUUCGGGCUCCUUGAUCUACUACUCGUGGUUUAUAAUCGGUGUCUUCUGCCUGUCCUGGUCAAAAUUCGGGCUCGUUGGUGCCGAGGCCUCGAUGCUCUGCUCGCAUUUCUGGGGAGCGCAAAAUCUCGUCGCGCUUUUAAUGCACUCCAACGGGACCUGGAGCAGCCCAUCCGGUUGGAUCAACGCCCUGGUCCGCCGCGAGUUCCAUCGACUGUGGUGCUUGCUUGCCUUCCUCAGCCUUCUCCCGUUUAUCGCGCUGCCGCUCUCUGGACUCGUUUUUGAGAUCACCGACGGAUACGUCAAGACACCGGAUGCCCCCAUCGUUAUCGGGCGGAACAGCACCACCUUCAACCUGAGAUAUGAUGAAAUAAGUCGUCACGGCGAGAAGGAUGUCACCAAUCCGGCGCUCUCAGCUUGGUUGGUAGGGUCGAGCCCGGCAAUACCAGGGCUUGGAGUAAUCUUCAGCGGCGAAUCCGUCGACCGAUCCAACCACUCCGUUUUCAGCAAACUUCCAAACACCCUGCCGCUGAACGAUUCAAUCUCAGACCUCUUCCUCGCGCCGCAAGCCAACAGACCAGUAUCGGGCACGGCGUGGGGUCUUCGGUUCAAGUAUGAGUGCUCGACUGUGCGAUCCGUGUCGGAGUUCACGAUUCUCAACCAGAGACCCGCGUCAUCCGUCAUUGACUUCCCGAACUCUUCCAUGGAUGACUUUUCUCCUGUCCUGGAACUCCGGACCCCUUCUGGCGAUAUGAUCACGGUGGCGUGCAAAAGUCUGAUCAACCGGAACGUGCAGGCCUAUGUGGAAACUGGGAAAACGGCACCGUUGGAAAGCAGCUUUGAAAAAGACCCUCUGGACGCGAUUGACAAAUACAAGGGAAAUCAUCCUGGUUUUGAUGCCGAGCUCGUCUUCGAAUAUGCUGCUUGGCAACUCCGCAUGAACGGGUUAUACGACGACUAUCUCUUGCCGUUCAAUACCUCGGUUGGGAACGCCAUUGAAGGGAUGGGGUCCCCUUUUCAGCCCACCGAUGACGGGCGUUUCGCCGUGAACCGGACCUUCUUUACAACCGCGGGGGAUCUAUCCGGCCUUAGCAACGAAAAUGUAACCAUCAGGGAUGUCAGCGAUCUUCUGCGGUUGCCCGGCCAUUGGGUUAACGGGUCCUCGGACGGCCGCAUGCUUUACGUCGCGCCGCCCAUCGGGGUCAGGUGUGUCGCCGCCUCCGACGUUGGUACCGCAGAACUGGACGGCGUGACAUCCACCUUCCGCAAUUUCCAACGCGUCAGCCCUGAUUUUGACAAAUAUUUCCAGGGCUCGCUGCGGUUCGGCAGGACGGCCGAGGCGAUACUCCAGGAUCAAUUCCACCAGCACUAUAUAUCGGGUGGCCUGCCCCAAGUCACGGUCGGCGAAACGGAGGACAGCAGACGGCACGAGGUGUUCAUUGACUCGGAAUCUCUGCUGCGCUCCGUGAAUCUCGCCUAUGCUCUCGACGCGUCCAACCUCAUGUACGGUCUCUCGUCAACCUACCGAGACGAGUGGGUCGAGCAGGGGCUGACGUCGUCACGCGCGGGCAGAGUCCUCUCGGUCGCCUCCCUCAUCCCGGGUUCGGGCGUGGGGUACUUUGUGCUGGCGCUGUUUUGUGUGUGGGCGGCGCUCUCUGCGACGCUGGGACUCGUGUACGGAUUCCGGAAGAGGCCGGCUGAUAAACUCGACGGGUACUCGAUGCUGCGCAUCGGCGCUGACAUGGCGCCCGAGCUCAUUGAGAACCGGGACUUUAUGAGUGGGAUGCCGUACCAGGACAGUGGGACCAUGGCGGCUAUGCCGUGCAAUGCUUCACGGCAGAAUUCGGUUCGUCAGGUCUAG